AUGGAGAGGAAGAAGAAGAAGGUCUGUCAAUGGGUUUCAGUUGGGAAGGACAAAAUAAUCAUCCAAACUUCAAUGGCUGGUGGACCGAGUCAUUUAUUUCUGUCAUGUCUUGGUUCACAGGCAUUAGAAGUUAUUGUUUGGCGUGAUGGGAAGGAAUACCAACAAAAAUAUUCCCGUGGAAAGCCUGUAACAACUUUAAUAUGUCAUGAGCUUCCAGAUGAAUCAAAAGAUCGUCAAGGGACACACAUUAAGUUUUGGCCUGACAAAGAAGUAUUCACUACUGCAAUUCAGUUUGAUUACCCCACCAUUGCUGGACGAAUUAGGGAGUUUGCAUUUUUAAACCCUGAGGUGGAGUCAUUACAACCUGCUUGCAGUUCCGUUGCAUUUUUGAAACUUUUAAAUAUUGAUUUUAGCAUGUCUCUUGAAUUCUUCAUUUUUUCUUUUUGAAUUUGGUGUUUUUUUAUUUAUUUAUUUUAAUACUUUGAACAAGGUGGAAUUUUCCUCGACAUUUACCAACCUUAAGUUGAAUCUGCUUUCUAUUUUUGCAGCUCCUCGAAUGUGGAGAUAUGGUCCAUCUCAAUCUGAUGAGUGCAUAUUCUGAAAUAUGCUGGAUUAUUCUUAUGUUAUUUAGAUUAGUACUUA